AUGGCUAUCAAAGGCAUCCAGCUCUCACUUUCAGACUCACUGCACAUAGGAAUUGUGGUGUCCAUACUUUCCCUUAUCAUUUACUGUCUCAUCAGAGACAGUCACAGAGUAAGAGACCUGAAUGGAAAACACAUCUUCAUAACAAGCUGUGACACUGGGCUUGGAAACUCACUGGCUAAAUGGCUUGACAAAAGGGGGUUUUGUGCCAUUGCUGCACGUGUCACAGAAAAAGGAAAGCAAGACCUACAGUCCUGCUGCUCACUCUCACUGAAGACAAUGAACCUGAUUAGCUCCAGCAGCAUCAUCAGGGCUGUGCCAUUUGUGACAGAAGAGACCGCCGGUAAGGGGCUUUUUGGCUUGGUGAACAAUGCUGAAGGAACAACACCUGUGGCACCCACUGACUGGCUAAGGAUAGAAGAUUUCCAUGCAGUCCCGGAUGUCUGUCUAAUAGGAUUGAUUGAAAUCAUUGAAAUUAAGCUUCUACCACUUCUGAAAAAAGCUGAGGGAAGAAUAGUCAAUCUAACCAAUGCCACAGGCCUUAUGGUAUUUGUAGGAGGUGGCUACAGCCUGUCCAAGUGGGGAAUGGAAGCUUUUUCUGACAAUUUAUGGAUAGAGACUCAGCAUUCUGGAGUGAAAGUGAGCAUUACUGAGCAUGAUUUCUUUAAGGCAGAAGUAGUUAGUUCAGAUAUCAUUGAGAGAGACCUCUUAAGACUUUGGAACAGAUUGACUCCUGAGAUCAGAGAUGCCUAUGGAGAAAAAUACUUUAUUGAAUAUAUAAAAGCUCAAAGAUUAUCAGUGAGAAGACUGUGUAACUCUGAUCUUUCUAAGGUCAUGAAAUGCAUGGAACAUGCCCUGAUAGCAAAGUACCCCAGGACACGAUACAGAGCUGGAUGGGAUGCAAAGUUCUUUUGGCUUUUUCUCUCCUAUGCACCAACCUGUUUAUCUGACAUGCUGCUGCCUAUGAUCUUUCCAACUCCAGCAGCUAGUGGGAGAUCAAUUCCUGGAGUUCUAAUUAACAUUUAG